AUGACAACGACAGAACUCCAGAAACAAGUUGGCCAGCUCUUCGCGGUCGGCUUUCACGGUCAUACGCCGAGCCCAGAGAUCAAGACCUUGAUUCACGAUUAUCACGUCGGUGGCAUCGUCCUCUUUUCGCGCAAUUUCCAGUCUGCCUCCGAGCUACGGGCCUUGACACUGGCUUUGCAAAAUGAAGCACGAUCCGCGGGGCAUGCUCAGCCUUUAUUCAUUGGAAUAGACCAGGAAAAUGGCCUGGUCACCCGAAUCUUGCCUCCAAUUGCCCCCCAAAUUCCAGGGCCGAUGGCCCUAGGUGCUGCACAUGAUCCAGAAUUGGCCUACAGAGCCGGGAAAGCCACGGGUGAGAUCUUGAACUUCUUUGGAGUCAACAUGAACUAUGCCCCGGUCUGCGAUAUCAACUCUGAGCCGUUGAACCCUGUCAUUGGUGUUCGUAGCCCUGGCGAUGAUCCAGAAUUUGUCGGACGGUUUGCUAGUGCUACGGCACGGGGACUGCGGGAAAAGAAGAUCGUUCCCAGUGUGAAGCAUUUCCCCGGGCAUGGUGAUACUGCUGUUGACUCGCACUACGGGCUGCCUGUCAUCCCGAAAACGAGAGAUCAACUUGAACGCUGCGAGCUGAUUCCAUUCCGCCGGGCUGUGGCGGAGCAGGUGGAAACUGUUAUGACUGCCCAUAUCUCCCUUCCUAGCAUUGAUGACAAGUUCCCUGCAACGUUGUCGCCUAAAGCUCUGGGUAUCCUGCGGAAUGACAUGGGCUACGACGGUAUGGUUAUCACUGACUGUUUGGAGAUGAACGGUAUUCGUGCCACGUUUGGCACGGAGCAGGGCUCGGUGCUCGCGUUGCAAGCUGGCAGUGACAGCAUCAUGAUUUGUCACACAUUCGAGGUGCAAGUAGGCUCCAUCACGAAAGUCUGUGAUGCAAUUCAGUCUGGCGCAAUCGAGUCGUCACGUCUGGCAGAUGCCUGUCGCCGCGUGGCUCAUGUAAAGGACAAGUUCUUGACUUGGGAUGAUGCAUUGCGUGAACAGAGUCUUCAAGAGCUUGACAUCUUGAAUACGAGGAUCUCGCCAAUUUGCGAAGAAGCCUACGAAAAAUCAGUCACGCUUGUUCGUGACAGCGCCUCAAUUAUUCCUCUUUCUAAGACUGCAAAUAUUGUCCUCCUCUUCCCGGGAGAUAAAACCCCUGCUGGUGGCGCAGUCGAUGGAGAGGGCAUGGGUCGGCAGGGUUCAUAUGAGGCUACAGCCUAUUUGGACGCCCUCCGACGACACAAUCCAUCAAUAACAGAAAUCAAAUACGGAGAGACCGGUCUCCGUGAUGACCAAUGGGACAUCGUCAAGGCAGCUGAUGCUGUGAUUUUCGUUUCGGUCAAUGCGCGCGAAUCUCCAUACCAAGAUUCGUUGGGUAAAUUGCUUCCCAAAAACGCUCGGUCGCUGGUUGCCAUUGCUGCCUGCAACCCUUAUGAUUUCUUGCAGGUGCUGGAUAUCCAGACAUACCUUGCUACGUACGAGCCAACCGUUGAGGCGUUUUCUGUGGCUGCUGACAUCAUCUUUGGCGCAAAGACUGCCAAGGGGUCUCUGCCAGUCGGUCUGCCCGAUCCGAAGAAAUCUGAUAUGCAUGUGGCGCGGUUUGAUGCAGAGAAAGAUAUCGAUUCUAUCGUGUCUGUAUGGAAGGAAGCGUUGCCAACGUACAUCUUGCCUACUGAUACUUUGCGAUCUUUAAUUGAUCGGAAAAACGCAUAUCAUUUUGUUGCUCGUAUCGGAUCCGAACUAGUCGGAUUCUGUCUUGCUUAUACUAAUGCCCACGGAGGCCCAAAGCCCGUUCACCUUGCGGUACUAGCGGUGUUGCCCAAGUAUCAGGGACAGGGCAUUGGAACUGCGCUUCUGACCGAAACGCGAUCGUACUUCCGAACGCAGUUUGACAUCAAUCAAUUGAAGCUUGGUAGCUCAUUCCCACGAUUCUGGCCGGGAAUACCCCGGGAGCUUCCAGAAACGGUGCAAGAGUUCUUCGUCCAUCGUGGAUUCCGACUCAGCCCGCCUGGUUCGAGGUCAGUUGACUUGUUCCAGGACAUUCGGAAUUUCCAGGCUCCAGAGAAGUAUAUCACGCGCGCGCAACAAGGAGGGUUCCGUUUUGCACCUUUGCGACCGGAGGACUAUGAGGCAUGCUUGGUCGGGCAGAGAAGGAACUUCUCGGAUAAAUCCGGUUGGGUCGAAGCUUACGUCACUCUUCAUCCUAAAGACUAUCCCGAUUGUGUGAUGACUGCCUUUGAUUCUCAAGGCCAACAAGUCGGAUGGACCUUGAUGCUGCCCCCCGUUCCAGCUCUAAACAAGGUCUGGGCGUUCCCCCAGAUCUGCGGUCCUCAGACUGGUUUAAUCGGCUGCGUGGGCAUUGAUGCAUCUCACCGCAAGUCUGGUAUUGGAUUGGCAAUGAUCUGUCACGCGAUUGAGAAUAUGAAGCAGCGUGGUAUCGAGGGUGUCUUUGUAGAUUGGGUUGCAUUAGAUGGAUGGUAUGAGCAGGUUGGGUUUAAGACCUGGCGCAGCUAUCGGCCUGGUGAGAUCUGA